AAGUAUGCUAGAACUAAGAGCCUGGGCUCGACGGUUCUGGGCAUCCCAGGGCUAUCAGAGGGGCAGGAAAGAAACCUCCGGCCCAGGGCCGUCACCACUAUCUUGGCCUCUGUGUGGAUCCUGGGAGUCCAUGACUACCAGGAUGUACUAGUCACUGCCCACGAUUGACUUCAAGGCCUGAAAUCCCUGGGGAUGCCACCCAGUCCCACGAGUCUGCAUUCCCCUGCAUCUGAGCUGGGAGAUGGGCUCGGCUCCUGAACUUGCCCCGGCCAGAAAACAUAACAUACACUUGCCAGGAAGAGUCUGCCCGAUUCUGGGCCACUUGGAGUGCAGGUGGAAGAGAGCCAAGCCUGGGAGAUGCAGAGCACAGCUAAUUACCUAUGGCACACGGAUGACCUGCUGGGACAGGGGGCCACUGCCAGUGUGUACAAGGCCCGAAACAAGAAAUCCGGGGAGGUGGUUGCUGUGAAGGUCUUCAACUCAGCCAGCUACCGGCGGCCCCUCGAGGUACAAGUGAGGGAGUUUGAGGUGCUGCGGAAGCUGGAUCACCAGAAUGUCGUCAAGCUGUUUGCUGUGGAGGAAACGGGAGGCAGCCGGCAGAAGGUGAUAGUGAUGGAGUACUGCUCCAGUGGGAGCCUGCUGAGUGUGCUGGAGGACCCUGAGAACACAUUUGGGCUUCCUGAGGAGGAGUUCCUGGUGGUACUGCGCUGUGUGGUGGCUGGCAUGAACCACCUUCGGGAGAACGGCAUCGUCCACCGCGACAUCAAGCCCGGGAACAUCAUGCGUCUGGUGGGGGAGGAGGGGCAGAGCAUCUAUAAACUGUCCGACUUUGGGGCUGCUCGGAAGCUGGACGAUGAUGAGAGGUUCGUUUCUGUCUACGGUACAGAGGAAUACCUGCACCCUGACAUGUAUGAGCGGGCGGUGCUUCGCAAACCCCAGCAAAAGGCGUUCGGGGUGACGGUGGAUCUCUGGAGUAUUGGGGUGACCCUGUACCAUGCAGCUACCGGUAGUCUGCCCUUCAUCCCCUUUGGUGGGCCCCGGCGCAACAAGGAGAUCAUGCACAGAAUCACCACAGAGAAGCCAGCCGGGGCCAUUUCAGGGACUCAGAGGCAGGAAAAUGGGCCGCUGGAGUGGAGCUAUAGCCUGCCCGUCACCUGCAGACUGUCCAUGGGGCUGCAGAGCCAGCUGGUGCCCAUCCUGGCCAACAUCCUGGAGGUAGAGCAGGCCAAGUGCUGGGGCUUUGAUCAGUUCUUUGCAGAGACCAGUGACAUCCUGCAGCGAAUCGUCAUCCACGUCUUCUCCCUGCCCCAGGCUGUCUUGCAUCACGUCUACAUCCACGCCCACAACACGAUUGCCAUCUUUUUGGAGGCUGUAUAUGAGCAGACCAACGUGCCCCCCAAGCACCAGGAGUACCUCUUUGAGGGUCACCCUUGUGUCCUGGAGCCAAGCCUCUCAGCACAGCACAUGGCCCCCACCGCUGCGGGCAGCCCUCUGAUUCUGUUCAGCGUGGCCAGCGACACACCCAAGGGGCUGGCCUUCAGGGACCCUGCUCUGGACGUCCCCAAGUUCGUUCCCAAGGUCGACCUACAGGCAGAUUACAGCACAGCUAAGGGGGUGCUGGCUGCUGGUUUCCAGGCCCUGUGGCUGGCGCGGGUCCUGCUGGAUGGGCAGGCGUUGAUGCUUCGAGGGUUACACUGGAUCCUGGAGAUGCUUCAGAACACGUGCCAGCAGACACUGGAGGUCACGGGGACAGCCCUCCUCUUCCUCAGCAGCAGCCUGGGCAUCGAAAGGGGACUGCGGGCCAUCAGGACCUUUGCCUGCCUGGGCCUCAGCCAACAUCUGAAGUCUCCCAGUCCGGUGUUUUGCAAUCCCAUUCUUCCUGGACCCCCUCAGAGCUGUAGAUUCCUCUGA